CAGCUUGAAUGGGACCUCCGGAGUUCAUCUGCUUCAACUCCAUGCUCAGAGCAGUGCUAUCAACAAAGUUAGAGCUGGUUGCUUCAGGCCUUGUCUGAUUGAGCUGUCUCUUGAAGGCUUUAAAAUGGAGUUGAAAGCCGUGUCUGAAAUUUAGACAAAUUUGGAGCUAAGUGCCCCAAAGUUUGGAAAGUUAUAAACAGUCUGAAUGAAGCAUGCUCUUCCAUAGUUAGCUGGAAGUUGUGUUUCCUUUCCGGUUUUGGUGUCAUGAUGUUGGGUCUCCAGUUGUGCAACAGUCUUCAGUGUGCACAAUAUAGCGAAUUUUGGAAGAUAAAGGGCAAGCAGAAAAAUAUAUUGCCCCUCAGCAUCCAGAUUUUCUCUUAGUAAAUACAGAACUGAAAUACUUUAAAAGUAACAUUUCUUUGUCAUUAACAAAAAUCAAAAAGGCUGAUAAACGACUUUAAAUUUGAAAGGUUCUUAGUAUCUUGCCUGAAUAGUGACUUACUUAUUUAAAGGCCAAAGGACUGAGUCCUGUGUUCAUAGAGAUGCAGGGUAAUCAGAUUUAUUUCUGUUCUUAACAGCAUGAAGUUCUUCCCAUACAAAACCCACGUUUUGUGCCUUACUUGUCCUCUAAAUGAAUUGAGUGUAUUCACUCAGCGAAGCAAGGCUGAUGGAAUGGAGAUAGCUGAUGUAAACCAUUAUCUUUCUUAAUCCAUUCAUGUAGUAUCACUAUGUUUCUUAGCCCAUGAAGUCAGUCUUUGAAGAAAUCCCAGCAUUAUUAUUUGCACUGCUUAGUGUCUACAGGUCCUAGAUAAAACAUACUUUAUAGAGGAGUCUUAAACACAGUGAAAACUUCCUGGAGAAGCUUAUCCUCUAAGUAAGCAGGAAAGAUGAAGCGAGAAGGAAAAAAUGAUAAGAUAAAUGAAAAUACCUGUGCUGUUGUACUUUCCAGAUGUGUCUUCUAGAUGUAAUCUUGUGUUUUUCUUAAGUACCCAAAAAUAUACUGACAUCCUUUAAGAGGAAAAAAUUAUAGAAACUAAAUGGUUAUAUUAGUUAUGGGAUUGAACUUUUCACCUGAUAAUGCAAAUAAAUAAUUUCAGCUGACACUGAUGGCCCUGUGUAAGCUGUAGAUAAAAGCACAAUGUCAGCAGAUGCACUUCUCAGUGUCCUAAAGACUCCAGAGAAGGUAACACUGGAGGGUAAAGCAAGAUGAAAGGAUGUGCAGCAGCUCGACUCUUCCUUUUGUGCAGAGAGUGUAGUCACAGCAUCCUUUACAAGACUUGGCAAAAUUUCUGCCAUCCUAUUUCAGGUUUUUUCCUCCAGACAGUAGCUAGUUCACCUACACUGGGGAAUGUCAAACUACAUUAAGAUGCCAUUUGAGUCAGUAUAAAUAGCAUUACUUCAACAGUAGGAUUGCAUGUGUAUCUCUAUGCCCCUUUGUACUCACAGCAUAUUAAGUAUGCUGCUGCCAUUUGAAGGUAAAUUUCCAAAUGCUUUUCUUAUAUUUAGUCUUUUACGUGCAUCUUAAGAUUGUGUAUGCAAAGAUCAUAUUGUUACAGUUGUCCUUAGAGCCACUUUUUCUGUGAAAGUCACAAUCUGUAUCUGAAGUACGUGUGUAGUACUUCUGUUGAGUGUAACCUCAAGAUGAGUCUCCCCUUCAAAGAAAAAGAGAGGUAUAAUGGGAUUAAAAAAAGUCUUUGCCUUUCUUAUUAUAGUGAUGUGAAAUGAACUAAGAAACUUUAGAGGCAGUUUCUUCCUUUGUUACCCACAGAAAAAAAUGAACCUUUAUUCACAUUUUGUAUCAGCUAGAGCAAUCCCUGUGGUUAUCUUAUGAUCCUAUAUUAAUCCUGCUGUGGCAUCUAUAGAAUCUCUGUGCCAGUUCCUGACGCCCAGGGAGCAGGGCUGCAUUUGCUCUAGCUUCUGCCAAUUAAGAUUUUGUCUCUAAACCCUGCUUUUUCACUCAUCCCAGUGUGACCCCCCCACUUUGGCUACGGGAGUAAGGAAUAUUCUGGUACCGCAUCUCACUAGAGUGUCAGGUCUCUCAAAUUCAAGCCCUCAUAACCUUUGAGUGCAUCUGUACAUUGGUAUUGUGUGGUUUUAGACAUGCUUUUCUGUGAAGCUUAUUAUGAAACACACAAUAGUGAUAUAUAUCUGUGUGUGCAUCUGUUCUUAUGUUACUUCAUUCAUGGUUUAUGGCAGCUUCCCGUGGGAUUCUACAGUAUACUUCCCUGUUCUGUCCAGCUUCUGAGAGAUUGAUAAGUAGGGUCCUUUAAGUUUCAGAUUUCUGAACUAGGUUGGUAUUAUAGAGUAAUAGAAUGGUUUUGGUUGGAAGGGACCUUAAAGAUCAUUUAGUUCAGCCCUCCCUACCACGGGCAAGGACAUCUUCUACUAGACCAGGUUGCUUAAUACUCCACAUGUUUAAUUCCACUCUCUGAUUUCAGAAUCUGCCAGGUUCCUCAGCAAGACAACUUCACAAAGAGGCACCUUCAGAGCAAAGAUGAACACUGGAAAAACUUACAGUACCUUUAAUGUCAGCAAUGGAACGGAUCUAGCUAUUGGCUUUACCUCGUCCACAGUAGCUGUCCUUCUAUUUGGGACAAACUUUGUGCCUGUUAAGAAAUUUGAUACUGGUGAUGGCAAUGUUACAGUUGUCCCUAUUGUUAAAACUAUUGGUUUAGCUCUUGGUCUUUUGAUAUGGGCUUCUUUUAAUUUGCUGACAGGUUGGGCAAGUUCAAGGUUUGGUUGGUUUGGAAUUGACCCAGAAGAAGUAUCAAGACCAAUCUUAAAUUAUAUUGGAGCUGGGCUUUCACUAUUAAGUGCUGUCAUAUUUCUUUUUAUAAAAACUGAAGUCCAGAGUUCUUCAACUUCAUUAGAAAGCACGCCUUUACUGAGAGAAAGUUCCAUUAAUGUUUCUGAAGAUACCUCUGAUGAUUCAUGGGUGAACAGACUUUCUCCAGCAAAAAAGAGACUCAUAGGAUGUAGCCUAGCUGUAGUAGCUGGAAUACUCUACGGUUCCAGUUUUGUACCAGUACUUUACAUCAAGGAUCAUGGAAGAAGAAAUGAAACUGUAUACGCAGGAGCAAGUCAAUUUGAUUUGGAUUAUGUUUUUGCACACUUCAGUGGAAUAUUUCUUACAAGUACUGUCUACUUUUUGAUUUACUGUGCAGUCAGGAAAAAUAAACCUAAUGUUUAUCCCCAAGCCAUUUUGCCAGGGUUUGUGUCUGGUGUGCUUUGGGCAGUAGCCAAUUGCUGCUGGUUCAUAGCCAAUCACUAUCUCAGUGCUGUGGUCAGCUUUCCAAUAAUUACUGCAGGUCCUGGUCUUGUUGCUUCAAUGUGGGGAGUCCUUGUAUUUAAAGAAAUUAAGGGACUGAAAAACUACGUUUUACUCUCAGUAGCAUUUUGCAUUAUUGUGGCUGGAUCAUUCUCCACAGCUUUUUCUAAAGUUUGAAAGGAUCUUCUGGACCAGUAGAGGGUGCUGCUGUUUAAUAUACAUAGAAAGACGGUAUAUAGCAAUACAUAAUGAUUUUCAAAAUGAAUGUCCAACAUUAACUUACUUCAGGCAAGUGAAAAAGAAAACCUUUGCUCCCAUUUGGCAUGAAUAACUGGAAAUGUUUGCUUCUGCAUUUCUUGGACCAGUAGCAAUUUCAAAGGAUUUUAAUAAAUAAAGCUAAAUGAUUUUAUAGUUAUUAACUUUUUUUUCCGGUUCACCUACCAUGUAAUCGUAAGUUGCAGUUCAUUGUUGUUUUGGUGGAUAAAUGGAUUCUAAUUCUUAGUCUGUAAUUAUGUAUUUGCAAACUGAUUUGUUUUAUUAUAAUGUCUGUCUUACUGAUUUGAAUAUAAAAUAUAUCUUGAAAUAUUCUUUAUGGAA